AUGGCCGGAUGGGCUGGAUUUACUGACGAGGAAUUGAAACAUUUGAAACAAGAAACAAAUGGAACGAAUCCUGAAAGGCAACAGAUUACGCUGAAAGCAAAUCUUGCGGUAAAAAAGGAUCAAAGACGCAAGGCAAAUAUGAAAAGAGACAAAACAAGGUCCAAUCGUAUUGCCAAAGAGUUGAAUGACAAGAAGGAACAUGAUAAUGAUAAGAAAGAAAAUGGUCAGGCUCUUGCCAAAGAAAAGAAAUUUCAAGAAAACAAUCUUGAAAAAGAAACAAUAAAGGAAUCUCAACAGAAUGAAUUGGAUGACACAAAGCACAAAGAUGAAUCUCCAGAAUCCUCAGCCACAAAUACAAAUAAUCUGAAUAGUCAGAAAGAAGUGGAUAUAAGAAUUAUUUCAGAUGAAGAUGCUGCAGAAAUUCAAAUGACAGAACUAGAAAAACUUCAAAAGAGACAAAAAGAAAUGGAAGAAGAAAAUAAAGUGAAAAAGAAAAUAAUUUCAGAUACCAUAACUGAAAGGUUUAAAAAAGCCAAAAAUGAGGCAGUCAAUUUACAGACAAUUCAAAAGGAAUUAGCAAGGCUUGAUUCUUUGCUUGCAAAUGAUGUGGAGAUAUUAAGAUCUAAAAUAGAAGAAGCAACUAUUUCAUAUUGUCAUGCACAAAAACGCCAUGAAAAAGCAGAAAAAGAAUAUGUCAACUCAAAACUGGACCUAAAAUUAAAGGAAGAGCGGAAAGAAGAACUUACUCAACAUUUGUAUACAAUAAUUCAAGAGAAUGAAUUGCGUAAAGCAAACAAAUUGGAAGAACUUAUGAGUAAAUUAAACCUUCCUAAACACAUACCAAAGGAAGAGUCAACAAAAGAUCAUGAACCCAAUCAAAAUGACACUUUACAUGAGGAAACUUCAUCAACCUAACCUGCAACUAGGUGCAGUUAAACAGAGGGAAGUAGGGGACAGUUGCAGUUAAUCAGUUGGUUAGUAAAACCAGCUGCCUUUUAGUAAUAUGCUUCUCUUGUAUUUGUAUAUACCCUCCAAUUCUAGGCCUGCAACUGCUCGCACGGCUCCACUUUUUUAAUCUAAUAACUCUGCUAGAUAUCAUUAUCUUCAGAAAAAGACAAAAAAUUCACUAGUUUUGUCAGAAUGUUUUCUUAAAAACUUUUUGCUUGAAAGUUUUUUGGGUGAAUUUUCACACUGUGAAUUUUUAUCUUGUCAAUUUAAACACUGCAUUAUUUUUAUACUAAGGUUUUUUAUAAUGAUAAAAUAACAAUUUCUCAUUUGAAAUAUUUAGAUA